AUGGCGUGGCCAUCGUAUAACAUUGCCCAGAGGGAGUCAAAUCCAUCUUACGGACCUAGAUGGGAUACCAGUGGCUAUGAAUGGCCUCAAGUCUCUCCUCCUCCCCCAUUCUCUAUCCCCUCGGCCAUAGAGCCACCAAUGUUUCCAAGCCAUCUUCUAUACAACUAUCACCUACAGCAUCCUUCCAUGCCACUCUAUCCUAACUUUUUCAUACCCGCUGCUCCGUCCAAUCUUGACUUAUACCGCCCGAAUCAGGAAGUCACACAUUAUUCCUUGCUCGAGGGCAAUGGUGUUGCCAACCCAUUUCAUAUGGAUAGCAUCAGCCCGGAACCUAGUGCUACCACUCGUGGUGCCUCCCAAUCCCCCAACUGCUCUGUACAAGAGAUACAUCAGCUAAAAGACAAUGGCCGUCAUAGUGCCAGGUCUGGGGCGCUAUGUCGCCGUCGUGGAGCACGCAAGCCGAACCCAGGAAGUGACGGUCAAGGUGCUUUCCGCUGCACCUGGAAGAACUGCCGAUAUCCUGGCGUGUUCUCCUGCAAGGGGGUCUUAAGGCGCCACAUCAAAACGCAGCAUGUCACUCCACGUUCAUUCGGUUGUCCUGAGUGCGACAGGCUCUUCAGUCGAAAAGAUAACAUGACUGAGCACCUUGGAAGAGUGCAUUUUGGAAGAGUUUGA